GCUUCGGGGCAUCGUGCAGUCCACAGGGGAAGAUGCAACCACAGUGGUCCUACGGGAAGGAGCCGGGCCAGGCGGUGGGCAGCGCACGCUCCGAGUUGUCAAGACUGGCAACAGCUUCAGUAUGGUGAGCGUUGGAGAAGGAGGUGUCCAGCUCCAGCACACAAGGACCUACAUGCCCACGGAUGCUGCAGCAGAGCUUUCCGGGAGUUACAGCCAUUCCCGUGGUGGAACUGUCCAUGUUACAGUGGAAGCCGACGAGGUGGUGCUCCAAAAUUCCCAGGCGACCUCCUCGCAGAAGUCACCGGCCGGCACUGCAUGUCAGAACGGGCAAAUCC